AUGACAGGCCUCUCUUCGCACAAUGGCGCUGGCGAGCCCAGCGAGCGCGAUGCCUUGAUCAACGAAACGGUCCGCAUCAACUCGGGUCUGCAUCAGCAUCUACGCAACAAGCGCGAACGGUCCUGGCUGAAUGUUCCCGCCCAGAUGGUGCAUCUGACCUGGUCGACCCUCGUGCGCGACUAUGUCAACUUGCUUCUUGUGUUCGUCCCCUUGGGCAUCGUCUCCGGUGCCCUUCACUGGGACAGCACCGUUGUCUUCUCGCUGAACUUCAUUGCGAUCAUCCCUUUGGCGUCUCUGCUGAGCUUUGCGACUGAGGAGCUGGCAGCCACCAUGGGACAGGCGCUGGGUGGAUUGAUGAAUGCGACAUUCGGCAAUGCCGUGGAAUUGAUUGUUAGCAUUAUUGCUCUCAAGGACAACCAGAUUCGUGUCGUCCAGGCGAGUAUGCUCGGCAGCAUUCUGUCAAACAUUCUGCUCGUGCUCGGCUGCUGUUUCUUCAUCGGUGGUCUCCGGUACUCUGAGCAGACAUUCAACACGACCGUCGCAUCGACCAUGUCCUCGCUGAUGACCGUGGCCUCGGCUUCGUUGAUCAUUCCAGCCACUCUAUACGCCUCUUUGGUCUCGUCUCGCUCGGAGAACACGGCCAAGGAUAUUGCAGACACACAAAAGAAUAUCUUGUUUGUAUCGCAUGGAACCGCCAUCAUCCUCCUCGUUCUGUACGUCAUGUACCUCUACUUCCAGCUUCGUUCGCACGCAGAAUUCUUCGAAGCUGCCCAGGAAGAACUCGGACCCGACUCGGAGAACCAGGCCGAACCGGAAGAGGAACAUAUUCUCAGCCCCUUGGCUGCCACUGUCGCACUGAUUGUCGUCACCGUGCUGGUCGCCAUCUGCGCCGACUACUUGGUUGGAAGCAUCGACAACAUUGUUGAGCAGACUGGUAUGAGCCGCACCUUCAUCGGUCUUAUCUUGAUUCCCAUCGUCGGAAAUGCUGCGGAACACGUGACGGCUGUGGUGGUCGCCUGGAAGGGCAAGAUGGACCUGGCCAUUGGCGUGGCCGUCGGCAGCAGCUUGCAGAUCGCCUUGUUCGUUACGCCGUUCCUUGUUAUCCUGGGCUGGAUCAUGAACGUGGAGAUGACGCUCAACUUCCACAUCUUCGAAACGGUCGCCUUCUUCAUCUCUGGCCUCGUUGUCACAUUCCUGAUCCAAGACGGAAAGUCGAACUAUCUCGAGGGUGGACUAUGUCUGGGAAUGUAUUUGAUCCUAGCACUUGCAUUCUACGUCUACCCAGACAAUGCCCCUGGGGAUCCUAUCUUUGCAGCUUGA